UUGCGGAUAGCUUCUUUCUCUGGCCUCCUACGGUGAAGGAAUGAUGGCUGCAGUGCAGUAGACCCCUCUGUGCUUGCUACAGUCCUGAGCAGAGCUUGAGACCAGUUUUAACUUUUAGGCAAUACUUUUUGACCGAGAUUUCAUCUCUAAGUUAUAGAGAUAGUAGGUAGUCUGUAGGAUUCCAGCUACACACUUCGGUCCUUAGCUCCUUUGCCCUCUCUAUUGCUUGCUGCUUCUUAAGCAGCUACGAGCUCCAUUCACCCGACAACCUCAACUCUCUUCUAAUAUAAUUAGUGAUUUCUGGAGUAGUAACUAUAUAACCUCACUUUAGACACUAGUGAUGGCUCAGUCCAUUAUAACACAAGUGACUAGAGAAACAGAUAGCUAUACGCCAUGUCCUGGUACAGUUAAUGAUAAAGGAUCUAUUAACACGACUCCAAUUGAUACCAGCGUCAAAGGAGAGAGAAUGAGAUCUCACUGUAUAUGUCACUGGCUCUUCUCGUGUUUCCGGGGCGACGAGACCACACCUGUUAAUUCCCUUGACGCAGAGGACCAACACAACUCGGAGGUUGAAACACAUCAUUCAGAGUAUUUGCUAAGACCUCUAAAGGCAGGAGAACCUCAACGAAAAUGCAUAGUAAUUGACUUAGACGAGACUCUAGUUCAUAGCUCAUUCAGGCCUGUGCCCAGUCCAGAUUUUGUGGUUACAGUUGAGAUUGAUAACAUACAGCACCAGGUGUAUGUGCAGAAGAGACCUCAUGUGGAUGAGUUCUUAAAGAGAAUGGGAGAAAUGUUUGAAUGCGUUCUAUUUACUGCCAGCCUCUCUAAAUAUGCUGACCCAGUAGCUGAUCUGUUAGAUAAAUGGAAUACAUUCGAUGCCAGAUUAUUUAGGGAGUCCUGUGUCUUUCAUAAAGGCAACUACGUCAAAGAUCUAAGCAAACUUGGUAGAGAUCUAACCCAAUGCGUCAUUAUUGAUAACUCUCCGCAGUCCUACAUAUUUCACCCUGACAAUGCAGUACCCGUUACUUCAUGGUUUGAUGAUCCCAAUGAUACAGAGCUGUUAGAUUUACUGCCGUUUUUUGAGGGACUUGAGAAAGUUGAAAACGUCCUCACUGUACUGGGCCAGAAUAAUAGCUUCCACUCUUCAAUCUCUUCUCCGACUCAGAGCUCUCCUUCUAAUUCUAUACCGUCUUCUCCAAAUUGACGUGUGUGACGUUAUAUAUAUAUUAUAAAAUACAUAUAAUACAUGAAUAUUAAUGUAAUAUAUUAUUAUUAUUAUUAUUAUUAUUAAUCUCUUAUUAUUGUGGAAUUUUAGCUAGCUAAUAAUUCUAUUAUUUCUCCCUUCCAUCUCUCUCUUCCUAUCUCUUUAAUCUCUUUAUGCACUUUUCCUGACAGAGCCAUUAUCCAUUCUAUAUUUACGAUUAUUAUUAUUAUUAUUAUUAUUAUUAUUGAAUAUGCAUGAUGGAUGACAUACUGGUCGUUCUUUGUCACUUUUUAAUCCUUUCUGUGGUCUUUUGUUUUUUUUGUUUUUAUGCUUUUUUUGUUUUAAGUGGCUACCCAGCUUUUUGUGCUUUGUCUUAAA